UGCUUUUUAAGCAUUCAAACUACUUAACUAAUCUUUAUCCAGGGUUUCCACAUCAUUUAGAGCUUGCUUCAUACAUUUUUGUAAUCCAUAUCUAAAUGGUUUCUAAAUAUUUGAUAGGCAAUUAUUUUAUAACAAGCGGGAACUAUCCAUUAUGGAUAUGUAAUUAAGCCUUCAUUGGCUAGCUUUCUGAUGACUAUAUAAAGCUAUAGCUUAGUUUUUUAAAUAACACAGAACUUGAUCUCAACAUGUUGGUGGAACCAAAUUAUUGGUCCACCGUUCUAAGUUUCCUCGGUGAGUUUUGCUUCUUCUGCUUUGAGCAAGUUUAGUUAUGAGAAAUUAUUCAAUGUAGCACACCAAUAUUUGAUGGAUUCGCAUGCUACUUGCGUAUUGUGGCACUCUUCGUUUGAUAUACAACUGAGGACCACUGAGCCACUGGCUUUGCUCAUUUUGGAACAUAAGAAAUGGUUCAUCCCAGGGCAAGAUAAUGACUUUUAUAACUAUGAACCAAAACGUUUCGAUUUCAAAGAGCAUAAUUUGCCUUAUAAUGAUUGGAUCCUGCGGGUAGCUGUGGCCAUCGAGCAGACGCAUUGCGAGAGCUUUAUAACAUUUCAGGAGCAUAUACCGCAAUUUAUUCGUAAUUUUUAUCAUGCCAGCACUUAUUCCAAUUGGCGCUCAAUUCAAAAUCAUUUUAUUUUUGUGUACACUGAUGAAUUGCUAGAAAACCCUAUGGAAUCUGAUAGUUAUCUGGAAGGCUAUAUAUUUCGAGAUCAACCGAACAUUCUUUUGGUCAACGCUCAGUUUCGUAAUUCGAGCGUAUUUGAAAUUAAAACCAAUCGCUUUGUUGGUUCCCGAUUUGAAAAUAAGCCACAUUUUUACACGCUGCAGAUUUAUGAUGCCAAAUCCGAACAGGUCAUAUGGAACAGUAAUACUGACUUAUCAAGUAAAAUGAGAAAUUUACAAGGACGCGAAGUCGUGUUGGGCCUUUUUAAUUAUGAACCAUUAAUGCUGUUAAGCUAUACAAAGCAACCAGCAAUGUUCGAUCGCGCUUUCAAUACCACAGAGGCACGUGCAGAUGGCACCGAAGUUCGUGUUAUCCUCACUUUCUGCGAACUUUACAAUUGCACCCUGCAAAUAGAUACAAGUGAAACAUCAGAGUGGGGCGACCUCUAUUCAAAUGCUACUGGCGUCGGACUGAUGGGAAUGGUAUUGGACAGAAGAAUUGAUUACGCCGUAGGCGGUCUGCUCACGUGGUACGAAGCUUAUAAGCAGCUGGAUAUAACAAGUUUUCUAGGAAGUUCCGGCAUCACAUGUUUAGUGCCAGCUCCGCGUAGGAUCAUUAACUGGGCUUUGCCACUACAACCAUUCCAGGCCAAAUUGUGGUUAUGUGUAAUCCUUUGCCUUACCUUGGAGUGCCUGGCUCUUGCUGGCACGCAUCACUUCGAAUUUUUAGCUUCCGAGCCGCGUUGGCGAAAGAGUCUGCGUUUUGCUUACGUCAGUACGCUUAAGCUAUUUGUGAACCAGGGCACACAUUAUGUGGCUACAUCGUAUGCCCUUCGCAUGGUCCUGCUGGCGAGCUAUAUGGUCGACAUAAUCCUGACCACUGUUUAUAGUGGAGGACUGGCAUCCAUACUGACGCUGCCGAAACUCGAGGAAGCUGCUGAUUCGCGGCAACGUCUCUACGAACACAAGCUAAUGUGGACAGGAACAUCUUAUGCCUGGAUAUCCACCAUUGAGGUCGGCAAUGAUGAUCCCGUUUUAUUGGGAAUCGUGGAUCAUUAUCGCGUAAAUGAUGCAGCGACUAUGGCUGCUAAGUCCCGCACUGAACAGAUGGGCUUUGUGGUAGAGCGAAUGCUUUUUGGUCACGUUGCCAACUCCGAAAUGAUUCCUGAUAAUGCAUUACCACGACUCAAAUUAAUGGUAGAUGAUCUUUACUUUGCCUACACAAAUGCGUACGUGCCGCGCUUAUGGCCAUUCAUUGGUAUCCACAAUGAUCUCACACUCGCCUGGCAUUCGUCGGGGUUUGACAAGUACUGGGAAUGGAAAAUCGUGGCAGACUAUAUGAAUGCCCAUCGACAGAAUCGCAUUGUGGCCUCGAAAAGACUCAACCUUGAUAUUGGACCCGUUAAACUGGGAAUAGACAAUUGUAUCGGACUGCUCCUGUUGUGGUGCUUUGGCAUGACAUGUAGUUUGCUGGCAUUUGUGCUCGAGUUGUGGUGGAUUUAUUUUAAAAACUAAUUUAUUUA